AGAGCUAACCUGCCUGGUGACGUCAGCAGCAGAUGGCAUCAAUGUCUUCACUGCUGGAAGAAGAAGAGAGACAGAGGAGAGGAAGGAGGGAGGAGAAGAAGGACUCAUAUUUGCUGCUGAAAGCCUUUCUGAGUGUCUGGAAGCUUCAGGAAGAUGCUCUCUGGAAUUUAACACUAAAACUGGGACAACAUGUUGACUUUGCCAUUUGACGAGCCGCCCUCCAACCAGACCGGCAGUCCCUUCAGGACCAGCUGGGCCACCAACCAAUUAGUAAGAUCGGUUAAGCCAGAGCCUGGCAGAGCCCUGGAGGACACGCUUGAGUGCGAGAGAGAGGAUGAGGUGAGGGAUGGCGAAGAGGAGGAGGAGGAGGAGGAGGAGGAGGAGGAAGAGGAACAACCCGGAGGUCUGAGAAAAAGAGGUUCUCAUAAAAAGAAGCUAAGCCAGGCCCGGCUGGACCGGGUUCGACUGCGGCGCAUUGAGGCCAAUGCGCGGGAGAGGAACCGGAUGCACGGUUUGAACAACGCGCUGGACAGCCUGAGGAAAGUGGUUCCCUGCUACUCCAAGACGCAGAAGCUGUCGAAAAUAGAGACGCUGCGCUUGGCCAAGAACUACAUCUGGGCCCUCGGUGAGAUCCUGAGAACCGGGAAAAGGCCGGACCUACUCACGUUCGUCCAGACUCUGUGCAAGGGUCUCUCCCAGCCCACCACUAACCUGGUGGCCAGCUGUCUGCAGCUCAAUGCCCGAAGCUUCAUCUCGGAGCCAGGCGGGGAGUCAUUCCCCCUCUACCCAGCCUAUCACCACCACCACCACCACGGACCUGAGGUAGUGGGCUCCAGCUCAGCGGACAGCGGCAGGCCCCUGCGGCCCUUCGGCUCCUUCUGCGGCCCCUACGAGGCUCUGUGUGAGAGUCCCUCUCCAGACUGCUCCAGCCCUCUGGAUGCAGGGAUCCUCAGCCCACCCCUCAACUUCAACGGGAUUUUCACCCUGAAACACGAGGAACCGGUGGAUUACCGGAGCUGUCACUACGGCCUCCGCUACUGCUCCAUCAGCCAGGGCUCCUCCGCAGACCUUGGCCCAUAUGACAUCCACCUCCGGAGCCAGUUUUACCAGGUGCAGGAGGAAUUAAACAAGCCUUUCCAUAAUUAAUGAACCAUAAAAUAGGACCCCAGUCAUCCCUCUGAUAAUGGACAAAAUAUGUAGAAUGUAGACUACAUUUGACAUUUUUAUCUGAUGAACGAUCGUUAAUUCUUCUCAAGUGAAUGCUAAUUGUCUGGGGACCACGCGCGUUUUGUCUAGGAAUGCUGUGACCGUGGAAAGACAACACAUGGUGUGACACACACACACACACGCACACACACACACAGAUACACACGUGGGCGCGCCCCAGCGAUAUUUAGCAUUUUUGGUUUUGCUGGUCGUUUAGUUAAAGCUGGUAUUUUUACUACAACUGACCACAUUGCAAUAAUAGUAAAGAAAGGCGAAGGGAACUAUGCAAUACAGAGCAGGCAGCGUCACAUCUGAAUGAAAAAUCUGCAUAGCUCAUCAUCAUUAUUAUUAUUAUUAUUCAUAUUAUUAUUAUUAUUAUUAUUAUUAUUAACCUAUUAAUUCAUGUAAUAUGUAUAACCAAUAAUCCACGCUUGUUUUCUAUUUAUCUAAUUUUGAUGUCAUUUUUAGUGUAAAGUAUUGAUGAAACUUUCAUUGAAAAUAUGUAAAUAUCUUGAAAACUGCUAAUAUGUUUGUAUAGAAGGGAAAGCUGGGAUUAUUCCCGACUGUAUGUAGGCGUUGUAUUGAAUUGUACAGCCGUCAGGCUCACAGUGAUUUAGAUAAUGGGGGGGGAAAUGUGGCGUUAAACUCAGGCCUGAAAUGUUUGGUAGAUUCCUUCACGAUUAAAUAAAGCAAAUUAAGUAGGCGUAUUCCCACUGCAGCUCUUUACAACCCAUGUUCAGCCUAGCUACAUUCAGAUUUAAUGUACAACAUUUUGUUGUUGUUUUUGCUCCAUUUAUCAUGUUGGGCCGACAGAAGAAUUUGCUGUUGAAAUGUGAUGUGAUGUUGAUAUCAUCUUGAUUUAUUUCGCCCUCAGUGAGUGCAGCGGUGCUGUCGCCGUUUCUCUCUUUUUACUGAAUUGCCUCAAUUUGAAAAUGCAUCACAAACAGGACUAAUGCAAUACAUGUUUGUCUGUAACUUUUUUUCUAGACAAAUAUUGGCGUUAAAUUGCCAAAUUGUUAUCAGCUAAGAGGUGGAUUUUUGGGGAUGAUCUGUUCUGGUGCACUACACUUUUGCUUCAUUCAACUUUGUCACAAAUUUGUUUUAUAUAACAAAUAAAACACAAGUUACAACAAACUAUUAAGGUAUACUGCAUAUUCCUAAACUGUAUUUUCUGCGACAAGGAGGGCGCGAUAUUAGGCUUUAUUUGGAAGCAUCAACUAGUCUUCGGAAGAAGUUUCAUGGCUCGGCGGUUUUUUGCUUUGAGGGUUUGGAUAAGGAUCGAUAUGUUUAUGAUUUGCGUUUCAAAUCAAUAUGUUUCUUUAUUUGAUACGCCGCAAAUAUGAUGUAUGUGUGCGCGCAAGGCGUAUCCUCCUGAUGAGAACAUUAACGAGAACAAAAUCACAAUAAAUUCUACAUUUUAACCAUUUAGGCUGUACAUAUGUGAGUGAAAGAUCAAAGAGCAAAAUUAUGCAGGCUUUGCGAAAACGAACCUCCAACAAAACAUCCACAUCAAAAUUCAAAUUAAAGGAGCCUAUAAAACAGGACAGUAAUAGUUACAACGUUGGCCUGUUGAAUAUUUGUGUGUGUCUGUAUACAUUCGACAUAAUUAGAAUGUACAAUACAAUACAAAAUUCAGCCUUGCAAGUUUUGGAAAGGUAAAGAUCUGCACUGAUUUAUUUUUUAUCGGCAUAAAAAAUAAAUUCAAAUAAUUAUGUCAA